GUGAACUCAAUUUAAAACCCAAAACAGUUGUCUUCAUUCACAUCAAUGUUUAGCUGUGUUUUUGUUUGACUUAAUUGUGUUAAUCAUGUUUUGUUAAUCGUUUUGAUUUUAUGCCCACUUAUUGUUUGCAAAAUCUAAUCGUUAUUUUAGGCCAAAUGAGUCUUCAAUUGACUGUAAUUGCAUUCAUUGGCCUUUUGUGGGCCAAUACUAGCCAUGGAUUAGAUGGACCUAAUGUCUGCACCAAAGAGGAAAUUUCCCACAAGAGGUGCAAAUCCCAGUGCAGGUGCCGUAUGAGGUCCGCACCAUCGGCUGGUGUCUCGCCGUCCCUCCCAGAUGUCGAAAGACUAAGUAAUUAACAC